GAGGCUGGCCUCAGUUGCCCGCGACAUUCGGUCCGCGAUACGAUUCGGUGUAAUCUCUAUGCUGAGUUGAACUCGAGCAAACGGUGUGCCGGUAUCGGGCGCGAGUUUCGAUCGUUCCCGAGCACAGUGAGCACCGAAAACGAAGGAAGGGGACGGUUAAUCGCGGAAUCGAAUCGAGGAAUCGGAGCCCCGCGACCAAGAUGGAGAACGCACGAUGGAUGCGAAACUGGUGGAAAGAACGAUACUCGGGGUAAGAAGAGACGCGAGACGUGAGCGAAAUCCGGCUCCAGAGGACAGUUUUGUAAUGUUAAACUGGAACGCGGUCGAAAACGGAGCGUAUCGUACGGGACGUUUCGAUAAUCAAAUCUCGCGAAUUGUACCACGUGGAUGCAAUCCCAACGCAUGAAUUACGUUGAUUCCCGAAACCUAGAAGACUAAUGAUUGUUGCUGACUCGGCGUCGCGAAUCGCGAUCAUUAAUGUCUCAAUCGCGGCAACGGCCACGAGUCUCACGUGAGACGUGGUACCGCUGCGCUCUGACCGAAAUGCAUCGUUGAACACCGGGCGGGGGUAGAAACCAGCUGGUGUGCAAUUUUUUUCAGGCGACGAACUUCAUCAAUCUCGAAAUCGCGCUCGCCUAAGAUGAUGUAAGGUUACGCAAAAGAAUAGAAAGACGAAAUGAUUUUCGACAACAAACUGUUGUUAUUCGCGAUCCUCGCAAUGACCUAUGGCUUGUUUAUAGUCGAAGCUAAACACCAUAGUCACGAGGUCAUCGCGAAUGACAACAAACACCGACACAGGCACAGGCACGACUCCCCAAAUGGGAGGAGAAAUCGGCACGACAUUGCCGACAGACGAUCGUCCUCUUCUUGGUCGCAGGAACUCGCGUACGAGGACGACUCGUUGGCCGAUCGAGAGGAUCGAGAUGACGACGAAGAGGAGGAGGAUGACGAUGAUUACGAUGGUCGUCCCUAUUACGAGAGAUUCUAUCCUCGGACCUCGAGAAUCGCCGUGCACGGCCGGAUGUACGAUCCGCGUUACCCACCUGGGUAUCAUCGAGGUGGUUAUCGCGGAACCGGCUGGUACGAGGAUGAAGAACAGAGACGCAGAGGUUCUCCCCGAUACCCCGGUCGAAGCUACGAACUGAGGUCCGACAGGACUCACCGAAGACUCGGUUAUUCCAAACAUCGUGAUUCGGAUCACGAUUCGGUCGAGAAGGACGAAUUCGUGUAUGAGAAACGAGGCGCGUACGAGGGCGGUCCCGACGGGCAUCGAUCUUGGUGGAGAAAUCGGCGAAAACACAGGAUCGGUGACUCUAGACACGUCAACGACAGAAAAACGCGUCGACCCAACCAUUCGGAACCUUCGAGAAGAUUCGACGAUUGGAAAAGGAGACCAAACUCUAGCGAGUCCAGACUCUCCUAUUCCAAAACCGAGAGGAGAAGAGUCGAUAACUUGGACGAUUACGAGUAUCCUCUGGACGACUUCGACGACGUGGGAGAUGACGAAGACACGUGGAAAGAGACCGAGGACAGUGAUCAGGACGAAGGCGAGGACGACGACGAAGACGAGUUUUACAGAAGCGCGAGGAAACCACCGCUGAAAACUUACGACGAUAUCAUCAGACGGUUGACGUCCGACGAUGAACCAACCACUCCCAGACCCACGAUCAGAAGAGACUCGAGAAACAUCGAGACCAACGGAUACACGAGGCGCGACAGCCUCGAAAGUUUCAAAUACGAGCCAAGGAACCUUACCAGGCCGUUGAGUCGCGAUCGUGGAAAGAUUUCCGGUCUUCCAUACGUUAACAGCCAUCGCUCUUCGAGGAGAUUCGAAGAGAAUUUACCUGGCAAGCUGGCGAGUCCGUUAGUCGAGCGUAAAUUGCCGAGGAACGUUAGCAGUCUCUUGACAAAGAGCGUCGAUCGAUCGGAGAACAAAGCCGGCACGAAGAACAACGAUACUCAACCGAGGACGAAGAGUCUGGAACAGGAUUACGACGAGUAUCUCAAUACCCCGGACAACGAGGAGGAACUUAUUAAGGCUGGAAUCGAGGAGGACACGGACAUGCAGGCAGACAUCAAUAACACGGACUACAACGAGGACGAGGACGAAGAGGAAACCCCGACCACCACGCCGGCCACAACGACCACCACCACCACCACGACCACCACUACCACUACCACCACCACUCCCAAGCCUGUGGUUACGCAGAAUUACGAUUACCGGGACCCGAAGACGUACGAGGGUGGGACAGGAGCACAGUACAACGGGUACCAAUCGAGAAGCGACUAUCCAUCGAUGUCAGCGCACAGCGUUCACAAGUGGCAGUCUCUGGGCACUCGAGAGAGCGUCAAAGAAACCAGAAGCAAUAUGCAGCAAUACAACAAGAACGGGAAGACGGCAGAAAUCCGAGAGGCUCUUCAACACGCGAUGAAAGUGUCGCGAGAGGGUAGCUGCCGGUGGCCACGACCGAGGGUGAUACCAGUCCGCGAUGUCUACCCAAGCCCGUCCACCACUUACAUUCCACACUGCGCCAUCUUGCACAGGUGCUCGGACGACACCGGAUGCUGCAGAUCGGAAGCGCUCACCUGCGUGCCGAAGCACUCACACCGCGUCGAGCUCUUCUUCUACACGACGAACGUGGGCGGCAGCAGCGUGGUGGAAAAGCUGUCUUUCUACAACCACACGGAAUGCGAGUGCCGAGAGAGGACGGAAUACGACACGAGCAACGAGAAACCAUCCGAGCAGAGAGUCUACAGGCAUCAUCAGCCCUCCCCGCAACCUCAAAACAUGAGAAGGGCACAGCCGAGAAAGCCAUGCCGGUGUCCUUCAGAAUUCACACCGAGGAUGACGUCCGAGGGCGUGUGCCAAUGCACCUGUUUCGAGACUCAUCAAAACUGCAUCAAGAUCAAACGAGGAAAAGGAUAUUUCUCUCUCGCUGAUAGAUUAUGCAUUCAAAACGAGGAGUGCGCGACGCCUACCUGCGAGUUCGGUGAAUACAUGAGGCGGCAAGGUAAAUGUCCUCGGAAGAAAGACAAAUUCGACGCGAUCGCCAAUUACCACACCAACUUGAACCAUCGAUACAGAAGCUAGACAGGCGAAAGGACAACGAGAGCAAGUGUCAGUGAAAAAAAAAAUCCCCCGAAGAGGAGGAGAAGGAAGAACGAAGAGGCCGAGAGUGCGUGGAACACGCGCGACGUAUGACGAAUGGUGCCAUUUUCUUUCCAAGUGCCUUUACGAAAGACUUGAUAUAUGUAUAUGUAUCCCGCGAAGCAGUUAUAUAUAAAUGUAUUCUGCUACUUUCAACGUCCACCUAUAUUCUUUCCUUCUUUUUUUUUUUUUUUUUCUAUUACCGUGAAUCAACAUGAACUCGAUCGCAAAUCGAUGAUUGCAUAUAGUGACAGUAUAACGCCUUAACGAAACGCUCUUCGACUGGGUGAUUCGAGUCACCUCGGAAAAUUAUAUGUUUUGAUAUUAACUGCCUCUUCAUCGAUUCCUCGGACAGUCAAGUUACGACAUUGGAGGAGGUGCUAGUGUAUUUGUUUGCAAUAUAUUGGAAUCUUGAUCUAGACGUUGUUCAAGAAUCAAAAGAGACUGAUUGCAAUUAACGAAUUUUGUCCAGCUGUCGCUGGAGUUUCGUAGAUCUGAAAGAGAUUACUCCCGAUGAAUGCCAAUGGAGCUUGCGGUGUCAAUUUAGAAAUUGGUGAUAAAAGACUCGAUUGUCACAGGACCACGAGCCUAGUCUGAGAUCCUGCUGCCCAGUACCAGACGAUUCUCCUUAAGAGUUUGAUAGAUCAAGACAGUCGAUCAACCAUGCGGAGUCGAUAUACCAAAGCGAAGCGAAACGGAAAACGCGAGAAGUAACUGUGAAAAAUGUGAAUAACGUGAACCCGCCAGUGUACUCGUGCGUUCUUACGAGGACGUUUAAAAAUCGUGCCAUAACGUGGCAUCCGUGCUCGAUUGUGUUUAUGCGCGUUUUGUAAAAGAGUAAAUCGACACGAAGAAGCAAAGGAAACGAAUAAUAAUACGAACACAGAACGAAUAUCUCUCCGCUAACCUGUACAAACGGCGGAGCUUCGAAGUAUACGAGAAAAUGAAGUACGACUGGUUUGACGUAUUGUUCGAGCCAUGAAUAUUUCCCUAAACGUGUUUUGUACGCUUUUAUAUACUUUAUUAUAGUGUGUAUGUACGUAGUAGCCGACUUGAUCGUGAAAUGAAUUGACCGCUGAUUCAGCAUUCAUGAGCUGAUGAAGACAUCGUGUACACUCGGGAAUAGAUUGCAAUUUCACUUGCACCAAUUUUCACUCCCGGAAUUUUUACGCGCGUUCAUCUCAACCGACGAUUUUAAAUUGUCAUUAGCAUCGGUAUUCACACAGAUGGCAUUCAGGUGACGUUCAGAUCUCCCGCGCAAUUGGCGAUUCAAUUUUUCAAGCUUCGUCUAUAGUCGAAUGUACACGAUUAAAAUUAAGGGCGGCGGUUUUUUUUUUUUUGUGCCGAAUAUUUUAUCAUUAAUUGCGAGAAUGUACAGAACGCCGUUCGAUAUUUAGCUUACUAUUGUACUCGCUACCAAUUCUAGAAGAUGCAUAUAAACGUAGGCAAUAAAUCAAACAGCACAGUUGUAAAGAAAUCCACGAGCAUUGUUUCAAUAAAAUCGCAAUUUACCUUCAAACU